AUGAAAACUCGGAAGGCCAUCACGAAUACGCAGCGUCGCGCAUUGCGACAGUGGUUCUUUGACCCCUCGACCAAGGACGGGGCAAAGACACACGCGGACGCCUCAAUUUGGUGGGAGCAAACUUAUGGGUACUAUCUGAACUCGAGUACCGUAAGCGAAAUUCUGAGUUACAAGUACGACCCACUAGACGACGCCUCGCAGGAUCCAGCAUACUGCCAAAUAGACACACGCAAGCGCCAACGGCCGCCAAAGUGGGAGACGCUAGAGGAGGAGCUCAUCAAAUGGGUAUUCUGGUACGAAUCCGUGGCUGGUAGCGGUUCGGUCACCGGCGCCAUGCUCAAGGAUCGAGGUACCGAGCUCUGGAACACUCUGGAAUGCCACAGAGGGUUGCCAAUGCCGAAGUGGAGCGAGGGCUGGCAGUGCCGAUUCAGAUCCCGCUAUGCCCACCGUAAGCAAAAGAUGAUUGACGAGAUGGGAAGACACAGUGGCGGCAGCAUCAGCGGCCACAGCGACAGUGAUAGCGGCGAUUAUGGCAGUCCCAGUCCCUAUGCCUAUGGGGUUGGUGGAUACAAUUGGUGA